AUGUUCCACAGCCACGCCCUCUCCCAAUGUCUGUCCUCCCCCACGGCCACACUAUUGCAGGGGCGCCAAGCCCACGCCUUGAUCCUCAAACUCAACCUCUUCUCCGACACCCAUCUCACCACCACCCUCCUCUCUCUCUACGCCAAUACCCUCUCUCUCUCCACCCCCCAACUUUCCCUCACCCUCUCCUCCCACGUCCCCCACCCCACCCUCUUCUCCUUCUCCUCCCUCAUACAGGCCUUCUCCCGCUCCUCCCACUUGAACCACGUCCUCACCACCUUCUCCCACCUCGCCCCCCGCGGUCUCGCCUCGGAUGCCUUCCUCCUCCCCACCGUCAUUAAGUCCUGCGCUUCCCUUCACGCCCUAAACCAGGGCCAACAGGUUCACGCCUUCGCCGAGGCAUCUGGGUUUGUCUCAGAUUCCAUCGUGGCCUCCUCGUUGAUCCACAUGUACCUCAAAUGUGAACGCAUUGUGGAUGCAAGGAAACUGUUCGACAGAAUGCCUGAAAGAGAUGUGGUUGUAUGGAGUGCCAUGGUUGCUGGGUACUCGCGCCUUGGUCUUGUGGAUGAUGCCAGAAGGCUUUUUAGUGAGAUGAGGGGUUGUGGGGUGGAGCCUAAUUUGGUAACGUGGAAUGGCUUGCUUGUUGGGUUUGGAAAUAGUGGGUUGUAUGAUGAGGCGGUGGGGAUGUUUAGGGUGAUGUUGUUGGAAGGGUUCUGGCCUGACGCGAGUACUGUUUCGUCUGUGCUUCCUGCUGUGGGGUGCUUGGAGGAUGUGGUGAUGGGAUCUCAGGUUCAUGGUUAUGUGAUCAAGCAGGGGUUGGGAUGUGAUAAGUAUGUGGUUAGUGCCAUGCUUGAUAUGUAUGGGAAAUGUGGCUGUGUGAAGGAGAUGCGUAGGGUGUUUGAUGAAGUGGAGGAAAUGGAAAUUGGGUCUUUGAAUGCUUUUCUUACCGGCUUGUCGCGGAAUGGUAUGGUUGACGCUGCGUUAGAGGUGUUUAACAAGUUGAAGGACCAAGUAAUGGAGUUGAAUGUUGUGACAUGGACGUCAAUAAUUGCUAGUUGUUCCCAGAAUGGCAAGGAUUUGGAGGCUUUGCAGCUUUUUAGAGAUAUGCAGGCUUCUGGGGUGGAGCCUAAUGCUGUGACAAUCCCAAGCUUGAUUCCUGCUUGUGGGAAUAUUUCAGCAUUGACACAUGGAAAGGAAAUUCAUUGUUUUUCUCUCAGAAGAGGGAUUUUUUAUGAUGUAUAUGUAGGUAGCGCGUUGAUAGAUAUGUAUGCCAAAUGUGGGAGAAUUCAGUUGUCCCGGCGUUGUUUUGACAAUAUGUUGGCCCCAAAUUUGGUUUCGUGGAAUAUUGUUAUGGGUGGGUAUGCAAUGCAUGGGAAGGCUAAGGAAACAAUGGAGAUGUUUCAUAUGAUGCAGCAGAGUGGCCAGAAGCCGGAUUCAAUCACGUUUACGUGUGUUUUAUCAGCAUGUGCGCAAAAUGGCUUGACUGAAGAAGGGUGGCAUUAUUUUAAUAGUAUGUACAAAGCACAUGGCAUUGAGCCUAAAAUGGAACAUUAUGCUUGCAUGGUGACACUGCUCGGUCGUGUUGGGAAACUUGAAGAGGCUUACUCUAUCGUUAAGGAAAUGCCAUUUGAACCUGAUGCUUGUGUAUGGGGAGCCUUGCUAAGUUCUUGCAGAGUUCACAAUAAUUUGAAUUUAGGUGAGAUUGCUGCAGAGAAGCUUUUCCCGUUAGAACCAGCCAACCCUGGGAACUACGUUCUUUUGUCCAAUAUCUAUGCCUCAAAGGGCUUGUGGGAUGAAGAAAAUAGAAUACGUAAAAUGAUGAAAAAUAAGGGACUGAGGAAAAAUCCUGGCUAUAGUUGGAUUGAAGUUGGACACAAAGUGCACAUGCUUCUUGCUGGUGACCAAUCACAUCCACAAAUGAAAGAUAUCUUGGAGAAAUUGGAUAAAUUGAAUAUGGAGAUGAAGAAGUCUGGUUACCUCCCCAAGACUAAAAUUGUGCUGCAAGAUGUGGAGGAACAGGAUAAGGAGCAGAUCUUGUGUGGGCAUAGUGAGAAGUUAGCUGUCGUAUUAGGACUACUCAACACAAGUCCAGGACAACCUCUUCAAGUGAUUAAGAACCUGAGAAUAUGUGAUGACUGCCAUGCUGUGAUAAAAGUAAUAAGCAGAUUGGAAGGAAGAGAAAUUUAUAUUAGGGACACUAAUCGUUUUCACCAUUUCAAAGAUGGUGUUUGUUCUUGUGGAGAUUUUUGGUAA